UCUACUGAUUCAUUUAGUUUUCUGUAAUGGAGUCUUGGAGUUAUGUUUCUGAAGGAAAGGGAUGUAUGUCUGAUGAAAUGAACUCACCUACUAGUUCGCUUGCAAGAAAUAAGGAUUCUGCGUUGGGGUGGGACUUCAAGAAUCCCUGCAAUUUCAGUAGCACUAUGUUAGCAACAGGUCAACAGGUUAACAAUCAAGGUUUUGGGGAACUUGUUUUCCCAGAAAUGAUUGGGAAACAAUUACCUGACAUUUGUGAUAUUUUGAGUAGCAAGGUUGUUGGUGGAAGGUUUCUGAAUCCUGCUAUGAAUUCCUCCAAUGCAUUUCUGGGGGAGGAUGAAUCCACUUCAAAGCUCUCUGGCUCUAUUGUUGACUCUACCGGCCGAGAUUCAUCGUUUAUCGAUUUGAAUUUGGGGAGAUUUGCUGACCAGAGGGAUGCUCAUGGCUACAAAAUUUUCAAGGGAGCCCCUGUUGUAUCAUCAUCUGAGUCGUCGAUGCCUUCAAAAAGGGUACGAGCUUCCGGGUUGAAUUCCCAAACUUAUUUCUGUCAAGUUUAUGGCUGUAAUAAGGAUCUCAGCUCCUCUAAGGAUUACCAUAAGAGGCAUAAAGUUUGUGAAGCUCACUCAAAGACUGCAAAAGUUAUUGUCAAUGGCAUAGAGCAAAGGUUUUGUCAGCAAUGUAGCAGGUUUCAUUUGCUAGCUGAGUUUGAUGAUGGUAAGCGCAGCUGUCGUAAACGCCUUGCAGGUCAUAAUGAACGUCGAAGAAGGCCUCAGGUGGCUCUAAACUCCGGCAGGGCGGGAAGGUUCCUUCAGUCAUAUAAUGGUAGCAGGCUUCAAGGAACACCAGCAACAUCCUUUAUCUGCCAAGAGAUAUUACCAAGUGGUAUUAUGCAUCCAGAGAAAUAUGGAACAAGUGAUUGGUGUAGGACUGUGAAGAUUGAAGACAAGAAUGAAUAUAUGCCUCUGUCUGCUGUUCAUGUUCCUAGUGGUUACCUGCAUUCAAAAUCCCUCUUCUCUCCUUAUGAUAUUGAUACUCAAAUUCCCCCUUUUCAUGACAAUGGACUGAAUGCAGCUGCCACAAACAUGUUCAAGGAGAACAGUAAUCAAUAUCCUAUUAGUGUAGGAGGUGUCUUUAAUAACCCCUCAUUGGGCAGUGAAUACUUCAGUGUUUUUAGUGCAGCAACAACCGACAGAAUAUCAGGAUUAUCAGACUCCGGUUGUGCUCUCUCUCUUCUGUCAUCUCAAACACAAAACUCCUUAACUCAUUCAUCGGGGAUUCCCAUUGCUCGUCCGUUGGUCUUGCUCGAGGGCCAGAAUCAUUACAGCAUGAGUCAACUUUCUGAGAAGCUCAUGGGAGUAAGCUCCCAGGUUUCUGUGAGUGGCGUGUCCAAUAAAUUCAAUUCAUCAGGGUUGAAUACUCUUGGUCCCAUAUCAACGCCUGAAACAAGUGAUGCAGUAAACUUUGAAAGUACAAAUCGUAUUUUCCAUGGGUCAAAUUUGGCUGAUACUACUGAAGGCAGCCCCACCAUUGACUUGCUGCAGCUUUCAUCACAACUUCAUCGCGUGGAGCACGAGAGGCAAGUUAUGCAGGUGAAGCAAGAAAGUAAUGCUUUCUGCUGCCUCCGGAUCACUUAAAUUUUAUGCAAAACAGGUGGCGUGGCAGGACGAAGUUUGUGCUGACUAUGAACAAUGCAGUGGAUUUUGAUGCAGUGGUGCUGGAAGAGCUGUUGUUGGGGUAGGGUGAGGAGAAGAACUCCAGAAUAAAGUAGGCAUGAUUUAUUCCUUUUUCAUAUGAACUAAACUUUGUUCCACAAACGUUGAUAUGUUGGCACUAUUCUUGGACCAUUCUUGAAGUAUUCUAUUAUUAAGCUUUGAGAUGUCUUUUGAUGAAUCUUUGCAAAAGAUAAUACUCCUAAUUCUAUUUUCAGC